AUGCUCCCUCUGGGCCGCCAGGUCUUACGUAUACGGAAUCCGUUCCCUUACCUUGCCCAUCCUCUCAACUCUACAUAUAUAUCUUCUUCCAGCAUUGGUCCAGCAGUUCAUUCGCGAGGCCGGAGAUACCUCGCAACGCAAGCUGAACAGCCCAUCAUAUCUCAUUCGUCUGAUGAGGAAAAAGACCGCGAGCGAGUCGUCAUUUUAGGAUCUGGCUGGGGUGGAUACACUCUCUCGCGCAGGCUUUCUAAAAAGACCUAUGCGCCUCUCAUAAUCUCACCACGCUCAUACUUUGUCUUUACUCCUCUCCUUACCAAUACAGCCAGCGGAUCCCUCGACUUCUCGAGCAUCGUGGAGCCUGUGCGCGAUCCGCGCUCCAAAGUCAAUUUCAUCCAAGCAGCUGCGCGUGGAGUUAACCUGAAGAAGAAGACUGUGCUAUGCGAAGCAACAGUCGUCAAGAGCGGUGUUACCGAAUCACCUCGAACAUCUGAAGGGGAGCGAAGCACCGAGGAGGGCCCGGAUACCACGAAUAUGAAGCCAAUGCAAGCGCAGCGCCACUGGGAACAGGGACAAACAUUUGAAGUACCCUAUGAUAAGCUCGUCAUCGCCGUAGGCGCUGUCAGCCAGACAUUUGGAACACCGGGAGUGCGGGAGAAUGCGAUGUUCUUCAAAGAUAUUGGAGAUGCAAAAAGGGUCAAGCGGCGCGUGCGGGAAUGCUUCGAGCUCGCCGUCCUACCAUUCACUACACCAGAGAUGCGAAAGUGGCUGCUGCACUUCGCGAUUGUCGGAGCUGGUCCAACUGGCAUCGAGCUUGCAGCGUCCCUGCGUGAUUUCAUCUACUCCGAUCUGAUGGUGCUAUACCCGUCUCUUCAGGGAAUCCCGAAGAUCACGUUGUACGAUGUUGCGCCCAAGGUGCUCUCGAUGUUCGAUGAGUCGCUUUCCCGCUAUGCGAUGGAGACUAUGGAGCGUGAGGGUGUCGAUAUCAAGACCUCAUACCACGUCCAAAGUUUGCGCUGGGGUGCACCUGGUGCACCUCCACCAUACCAGAUGGAUCCCAAGCGCUGUCUCACUCUUACAACCAAAGAAGAUGGCGAGAUGGGCGUUGGUAUGUGUGUUUGGGCAACAGGUAACGCCAUGCCUAAGUUCAUCACGGACUCGCUUGAUUCAGUCGACGCAUUCCCGGAAGACUCGAUCCAUAGCAUCGAGGGCUCCUCGACUACACCUACAGAUGUCCAACAAGCAUCGUGGAAAUUUAAGAAAGCUCCCAAGACAGGUGCUCUUCUCGUCGACGGACAUAUGCGGGUACAGCUGCAAAAUGAAACUGGCCAGACAGCCGUUCUCCAGGACGUGUUUGCAGUGGGUGACAAUGCCAUGCCAGAGAAGGGUGCACCCCCUGCAACAGCUCAGGCCACCAGCCAAGAAGCGAAGUGGCUAGCUGAUCGUUUGAACAAAGAUGACCUCAGUCAAGCUCCAUCGUUCUCUUUCCGCGACCUGGGCACGAUGGCGUACAUUGGCGAUGAGCGGGCAUUGAUGCAAAUACCUUAUAAAGGUGACCGUGGUUCAAACAGCAUUCUUCCGGAAGGAAUCAGGGGCCGUACUGCCUCACUUAUUUGGAAGAUGGCGUACAUCAGCAUGAGCAUCAGCUGGCGCAAUAAACUACGUGUGGCUUUCCGGUGGAUGUUGAAUAGGUUCUUUGGCCGGGAUGUUUCGCGGUUUUGA